AUGUGUGAACUAGAUCUACACGUUUUAGAUGGGGAUCUUCCAGAUUCCAUCGAACAUGUUAUUCCAGGACACCAGAUCGUGGGUGUUGCAGAAGAGAUUGGCAAGAAUGUUAAGUCGGUGAAAGUGGGAGAUCAGAUCGGUGUCCCAUGGCUCGGAGGCUGCUGUGGAGAUUGUAUUUACUGUAAGGAAGGAAAGGAAAACUUGUGCGACAAGGCGAUAUAUACGGGCUACCAAAAGAAUGGCGGAUUUGCUGAUUACUGUGUUGCAAAUGCUUCUUUCUGUUUCCCUAUUCCUUCUCAUUACUCUCCUCUCCAGGCAGCUCCCCUACUUUGUGCCGGAUUGAUCGGUUAUCGUUCGCUUCGCAAAACUGGAUCGCCAAAAACGUUGGGACUCUAUGGCUUUGGCUCCUCUGCUCACAUCAUCAUCCAGCUGGCCAACGAUUUAGGAAUCGAAUGCUACGUGUUCACACGCGACAAUGACACAAAGAAGCAAGCGUUUGCAAAGAAUUUGGGAGCUACCUGGGUUGGAGGGAGUUCUCAGUUACCUCCGAUUCCGCUCGAUGCCUGCAUUAUCUUCGCCAGCGAGGGUCAACUCGUGGUCUCCGCCCUCAACGCCAUUCGAAAGGGAGGAAUCGUUGUGUGUGCUGGGAUCCACAUGACAGACAUUCCCUCCUUCCCCUAUGAGGCAAUGUGGAACGAAAAGCGCAUCGAAUCCGUAGCGAACCUCACAGUGCAAGAUGGGAAGGAAUUCUUUGAGCUCGUCUCGAAAAACCCUCUGAACGUGAAGGUGAAUCUCUACCGGCUAGAGCAAGCGAACGAAGCGAUUGACGACCUUCGCCAUGGUAGAUUGACAGGUUCCGCUGUGUUGGUGCUCGAUGAGUCGUUACUUUCUCAAUUCCGUGUUUCCAACAAACACACAACCUUCCUAUGUUCCUUACAGCCUCCAUCGUCUCCUCGGCCUUUUUAG